AUCUAGAAAUCUGUCCAUUUCUUCAAGAUUUUCAAAUUUAUUUGAAUAUAGGUUCUCGAAGUAGUCUCUGAUGAUUUCCUGGACUUCCAUGUACACCCUUGGCUUUUAUAGAAAUAGAUAAGACAUUGCCAUAUGCAACUGUGUACUGCAUAUGAAAGUAAUAACUUUGAAUUAAUCCCAAAUGCCCUUUGUGUGGGUAAGGAUGGUCAUAAUCUGUGGUGAGCCUGAAGACCACCCAGGUGCCCUAAGGUCUUGAUUCACACAUUAGGUGGGUGGGUCAAGGCUGUACACCAAGGGGACUGGGAAUACUGGAAAUAAGCUUCUUUAGUCCUUACAAGGCAGGUUUUGCACAUACAGUACCAUCAUGUACUAGGGAUUGAAUUGAAGGCCUCUUUGAGGCCUCCACGCCCCCUAACCAUUUGCUUUUAGUUUGUUGUUCAGAUAAAAUCUCCUGCUCCUGCUUCUACCUCCCAAAUAGCUGGGAUUAGAGGCAGCAUCACCAUGUCCAGGCCCCAGAAUGCAUUCUUAAUAACUUGUAUCUGGGCUUCUCUAACCUCACUUUACAUAUUUUCCCAGUGUUAGCAAUUGUGAGAGUCAGCACACAGUCACAGGGAUUUAUAAUUUUCUACCUGGUCCAGAUUCAGAGGUUUCAGAGGUUCUACCUCCCCAUCAACAGUUGUGUUCAUUCUUGUAUUCUGUCGUCUUUGUUCAUAUUUGGCUUCAUUGUUUUGAAAUUGGAAACUGCUUCUACAUUAGAAGGGAUGAAAGGAGAAUUGGAAAUACAAAUAUAUAUGAGAUAGAAUCACUCAAUUCAAUGGAGUGUUCACUGAACGUUGGCGGUAUGAUAGUCGUCGGAAAUAAAAUGAUUAGUAAGGCCUGGACCGCACCUCAAGUUUACAGAAUGGAACAACCACCAUGUAGGCUAGUCUAUGGCAUGGAAGCCACAGUGAUAGAAAUUUGUGCAAGCUUCAGAGAAGAGUGUAAUUAGAAAUGCACAAACUGGCAAUGGGGCAGAUGCUGAGGUGCUUGAAGAAGUAGGUAACAGGGUGGAGAUUUUGAGGUAUCACUGGCUCUACAUGGGGGAGUGAGUGCAUGUCAGCAAAGGGGACAGCAUGUGCAAAUGCAUGGCAAGUGUGAACAGCCUGAUUUGUUAUAAAAAUGAUGAAUCAUUUAGUAUUGUAUAAUGGGUGAGAGAAGAUGAAGAGAUUACUAGGCCACGCAUGCCGGAAAACAUACUUCGGUUCUCACCGGGGAACCAGACAGUAAGCAUUCGGGUUGGUGACAGCGAGGAAUCCAGAGCCCGUGAAACCCCACUUCUUGGAGAGUGUGGAGUGAAUGCAGCCGAACCCACAAAUACAGCGAACGGGGUGGACCUGGUGCCUGGCGACGGCCCGGCGGCUGGGACCUGCGGUUGGCGGGUGUCUGGGAGCUGGACGGCAUCCUAUCCAAGAGGGCAACGCGACACCCCUUCCCCACUUGGGAACGAGCCACGUGAGCCGCCACCCCUUCCGCAGACUGCUCAGCGCGGCACCCCUAGGCUCCAAUGCACCUUCCCUAGCGGUCUCAGGGAGUGGGCGAGACGGACCCGCCAGGCGGUGCCUAGGCCACGCCCUCUUCGCGCUGCGCACGAGGCCUCCGAGCCUGCAGGGGGCGCGGAAGGCCUAUGUCGCUGGUUGUUUCACGUCACGCUCCGCUCGUGGCUACUUCCGGGUUAGAGGUCAGACCGUCCAGCCUGGUGUGGGCCAUGGUGCAGCUAAGACCACGCGCGUCCCGUAUUCCCGCAUCAGCGGAGGCAAUGGUGGAUGAGGGCCAGCCGGCCUCAGAAGAGGAGGCGGAGCACGGCGUGCUGCUUGGGCAGCCCAGCAGCGGCGCUGCCGCCGAGCCCCUGGAGGAAGACGAGGAAGGGGACGAGGAGUCUGACGACGAGGCUCCGGAGGAGCUGACUUUCGCCAGCGCCCAGGCGGAAGCGAGAGAGGAGGAGCGGCGAGUGCGGGAGACCGUGCGCAGGGACAAAACGCUCCUGAAGGAGAAGAGGAAGCGACGCGAGGAGCUGUUCGUAGAACAAAAGAAAAGAAAACUCCUUCCAGAUACUGUUUUAGAGCAGUUAACUACAGCUUCACAGACUGACAUAAAGAAAUUGCCAGAAAAGCUGAAAGUUAAUUUGGAAAAGAAAAAUGAAGAAUGUGAAAAAGGAAACACGACCAAGAAAGUUAAAGUAAAGAAAGUACAAUCUGUCAGCCGGGACAAAAGCUACUUGGCACUAAGGCUGAAAGACCAAGAUCUGAGAGAUGCAAGGCAGCAAGCAGCCAAAGCCUUCAUACAUAAUUCUUUGUAUGGUCCAGGAACCAACAGAACUACUGUAAAUAAGUUCCUGUCUCUGGACAACAAGAGGUUACCAGUGAAAAAGGCUGCAGCUCAGUUCUUAAAUAAUGCUUGGGGUAAGGACAUGCAGCUGAAUUUGUUAAAUGCAAAUACAAUUAGACUCCAAGGAUUGGCGCUAACAGGGUGCUUAGAAGUCACCUACAAGCACAUUGGGUCUGUACCUUGAUACUGCUGGCAGCUGUAAUAUGGAGGCUCAGGAUAACCCUACCCAUUGGAAACACUUCAAGACAAAACGUGGGAUGCCAACUAGGAAACCUGACCUACUGGAGCACAUUUGGACUUCUUCUCAGAUACUCAAGUUCAUUCACUCCCUUAUUUGCAUUCUACCAAAAACUCCAUUCCUGAUCUCUUCGUUUCCUUUUUCCUUUUAGCUUUACUCUGUUGUGAACCAACUAUUAUAAUUAUUUUCCUUAACAUCCCCAAAUUCCUCCACAGCAGUCAGGCCAAAAACCCAGUUCUGAUCAAUCUAAACAGAUGAACUCAUAUACAGAUAAAGGUUAACACCACAAAUUCAUAUUUUUGUUUCCCAGCUGGGCUAACAAGUUAACUCUUACUCAUCCUCAGUUAUAGUUCUAUCUUUUCAGUGGAUGAAAUUCAGAUUCUUACCACUUCUAUAACUCCCAGCCUCUGAUUACUCACUCAAACAAUAGGCCAUCUUCUAGCAUGCCCACAGCCUUCUCUCCAAUACUGGAAGAAGAGCUAUGGUCCAGCCAAUGACAAUUUAGGAGAGCUCCGCCCCUUAAUUCCCAGCCUAGAAAUGAGUGGCAGAAAAUACUUUUCACUAAAGAAGGCUGGAAGGGAGGUCUUGAAUUUAAAUACUUCAUUCUAAAUGAGAAGCAGACAUUAGUGGCUACCAGAAGUGCUUACACACACAUAUAUAGGAACUUCUAUUUUCCAAACAUCCCAAGAUGCAACCUACAAUCUACUGUUUUGUUCCAUUAGAACCCAUAUAAUCUAUUUUUGGGACAAAGGAAGAAGGUUUUUGUAUUUUAUAUUUUAAAAUAUAAGAACAUUUUAUCAACAUAUAAGUGUUAGAACAAAUACUCUCUCAGCUAUUAAGAGAAUGGCAUAGUUAAUUAUGCCAU